ACCUUCCAGAUCUCAAAUUCCUUCCUUGACAAGCUCAUCUUUUCCGUGUAUAUAAUCAAGCCCUCCUCCCUUUCCUUUCCCCAUCCCUGCAAUCAACAAUUCUUCUCUCUUUUGCUCUUUGAAAAUUUCUUUCCUUUCAAACCCUCGCUCCUAGCAUUUCCUCCUUCAAUCCCUCGAACAAGAUGCAGAUCUUCGUGAAAACCUUAACCGGCAAAACCAUCACCCUCGAGGUGGAGAGCUCAGACACCAUCGACAACGUCAAGGCCAAGAUCCAAGACAAGGAAGGCAUUCCUCCUGAUCAACAGCGCUUGAUCUUCGCCGGCAAGCAACUUGAAGACGGCCGAACCCUUGCGGAUUACAAUAUCCAAAAGGAAUCGACUCUCCACCUGGUACUCCGUCUCCGUGGCGGUAUGCAGAUCUUCGUCAAAACCCUAACCGGCAAGACCAUCACUCUUGAAGUCGAAAGCUCUGACACGAUCGACAACGUUAAGGCCAAGAUCCAAGACAAGGAGGGCAUCCCUCCGGACCAACAGCGAUUGAUCUUCGCUGGCAAGCAGCUCGAGGACGGCCGCACCCUGGCCGACUACAAUAUCCAGAAGGAAUCAACCCUUCACCUUGUGCUCAGGCUGCGCGGAGGCAUGCAGAUUUUCGUCAAAACCUUGACCGGGAAAACUAUUACUCUGGAGGUAGAGAGUUCGGAUACAAUUGAUAACGUCAAGGCAAAAAUCCAGGAUAAGGAAGGGAUCCCUCCGGAUCAGCAGAGGUUGAUAUUCGCCGGGAAGCAGUUGGAGGACGGCAGGACCCUUGCGGAUUACAAUAUCCAGAAGGAGUCCACUCUUCACCUUGUGCUGAGGCUCCGUGGAGGGAUGCAGAUCUUCGUGAAGACGCUGACCGGAAAGACGAUUACGCUUGAGGUGGAGAGUUCUGAUACAAUCGAUAAUGUGAAAGCAAAAAUUCAAGAUAAGGAGGGGAUUCCACCUGAUCAGCAGAGGCUCAUCUUCGCUGGGAAGCAGUUGGAGGACGGGCGCACUCUUGCAGAUUACAACAUCCAGAAGGAGUCUACCCUUCACCUUGUCCUUCGCCUUCGCGGUGGUGCUCAGUAAUUAGAGCUUUUAAUUAUCUGUCUG